AUGACGAUCGCGUGUGGAGCGUCUCAUGGUCGCCAGACGGAGCGCUACUGGCCUCCUGUAGCGGCGACCGUUGUGUCCGGCCACGAGAGCGAGGUGAAGUCCGUGGCAUGGAACGCCACCAGCUCCCUGCUAGCCACCUGCAGCCGGGAUAAGAGCGUGUGGAUCUGGGAGGUGCCAGGUGGCAGCAGCGGAGUGGCUGGACGGAUCGGUGUGGGCCCGGCGUCUGACUUUGACUGUGUGGCGGUGCUGCAUGGGCACACACAGGACGUGAAGAUGGUGCGCUGGCACCCCACGCAUGACUGGCUCGUGUCUGCCAGCUAUGACGACAGCAUAAAGGUGUGGGCUGCAGAGGUGGAGGGCGAAGACGAUUGGUCGUGCGUGCAGACCCUUGAUGCUGCAAAUGGGGCAGGGCAUUCGUCCACAGUCUGGGCUAUUUCCUUUGAUGCUACAGGACACUACAUGGCAUCCUGCAGUGAUGAUCUGACCGUCAAAAUCUGGGAUACAGGCCGGGAGCCAUCGGAUGUGAGGACCUCAGAAGGGAGUUCAGGGAGCAAGCCUUCAGCAAGGGGAUGGUCGCAUGUGUGCACACUUUCGGGCUUCCAUGACCGCACCAUCUUCCACGUUGACUGGUCGAUGGCUCAUGGGUUGAUUGCCACAGCAGCAGGAGAUGACUGCAUACGAGUCUUCUCUUUCUCCGGUCUCCCGCGUUCAGAACCCGAUGGUGACAGAACCAGCUUCGAUGCUGCUGAUAGAGAGGGGAAUGGCGAGGAGGCGGAGGUGGGAGGGGUGGCAGGGGUGAUAGGGAUUGGAGAGGAGGCGGGAAGCAGGGCCCAACUGUUGAUUCGAAAGGCGCAUGCACAUGGCACAGAUGUGAACUGCGUGAGAUGGAACCCCAAGAAUCCCCGGCUGCUGGCAUCAGCGGGAGAUGAUGAGAUGGUGAAGAUCUGGGAGCUUCAAGGGCUGGCAGGCAGUGGGUAG